CGGGACUCCUUUCCUCGCACAACUGGCCUUGAAGUCCGAUGACACAGAAGUAACUAGAAAGAACAAAAGAAGAAAAUUAACAAGCCCCUGAGAAUUCAUGGCGCCAAAGACUUGAAAAGCCAGCAAUACAAUUCAAGUAUUCAACCAUGUUUUCAGCUACCCUUCCCACCACCGCUCCGCCAUCGACACCCGCCGUCGCCGCCAACACCCAUCAGCGUCUUCCCCUAGCUGAAAAACUCGCGUUCCUGAUCGACAAGUCCAAGACCGUGGACCACCUUCACCAAAUCCACGCUGCUCUCCUCCGCUACGGACUCCACCACCACCCCAUCUUGAACUUCAAGCUCCAGCGCUCCUACUCCUCCCUUGGCCACCUUCACUACUCCGUCGCCCUCUUCAACGACACCCGCAACCCCAACGUCUUCUUCUGGACUGCCAUCAUUCACGGCCACGCCGUGCACGGCCUCCACGAGGAAGCCCUUCAUUUCUAUACACAAAUGCUGACCCACAGCGUCGAGCCCAAUGUCUUCACCUUCUCCUCCAUGUUCAAAGCCUGCCCUCUGGAACCCGCUCUUGUUGAUAUUUAUGCCAGAGGAGGGGAGGUAGAAUCUGCACGACAACUGUUCGACUCCAUGCCUGAGAAAAGCCUUGUUUCUUUGACGACAAUGAUGACGUGCUAUGCAAAAUAUGGGAAUGUUGACGGUGCUCGAAUAUUGUUUGACGGAAUGAAGAAGAGGGAUGUUGUGUGCUGGAAUGUGAUGAUUGAUGGUUAUACUCAGCGCGGGAAGCCAAAUGAGUCCUUGGUCCUGUUUAGGCAAAUGCUGGCGGCAGGAGUGAGGCCCAAUGAAGUGACUGUAUUAUCGGUGCUCUCUGCUUGUGGGCAGCUGGGAGCCCUGGAAUCAGGUAGAUGGCUUCAUUCUUUUAUUAAGAAUAAUGGGAUUCAGAUCAGCGUUCAGGUGGCAACGGCUUUGGUUGAUAUGUACGGCAAGUGUGGUAGCUUGGACGAUGCUCGCUUGGUUUUCGAUAUGAUCAAUGACAAGGAUGUGGUGGCAUGGAAUUCAAUCAUAGUUGGGUAUGCAAUGCAUGGAUUCAGCCGGGAUGCAUUGGAGAUGUUUAACGAAAUGUGUAGAAUGGGAUUUCAUCCUACCGACAUAACCUUCAUUGGCAUUUUGAGUGCUUGUGCUCAUGCAGGACUGGUAAGUGAGGGUUGGCGUUUUUUCCAUUCAAUGAAAGAUGAUUAUUGUCUUGAACCCAAAAUAGAGCAUUAUGGAUGUAUGGUAAAUCUUCUUGGCCGUGCGGGGCAUUUGGAGGAAGCAUAUGAGCUUGUAAAGAACAUGGAAAUUGAGCCAGAUGCUGUUUUAUGGGGAACGUUGCUUGGGGCAUGUAGGCUUCAUUGUAACAUCCCCUUGGGAGAGGUCAUUUCAGAGUUCUUAGUUAGCCGGAAUCUGGCAAAUUCAGGAACUUAUGUUCUGCUUUCGAACAUCUAUGCAGCAGCGGGCAACUGGGAUGGGGUGGCAAGGGUGAGAGCCCUGAUGAAAUACAGCGGGGUUCAAAAAGAGCCAGGUUGUAGCUCAAUUGAAUUGAAUAAUAGGGUACAUGAGUUCCUUGCAGGGGAUUUGAAACACCCAAAGAGCAAAGAAAUUUAUAUGAUGCUUGAAGAGAUAAACGGUUGGCUCAAAGCUCACAAUUACACCCCAAAGACAGAUGCCGUGUUACAUGAUAUUGCGGAGAAAGAAAAGGUGCGAUCCCUUGAAGUUCAUAGUGAAAAGCUUGCCAUUGCUUUUGGACUUAUCAGUACCAAACCAGGAACUACAAUCAAAAUUGUAAAGAACCUCAGGGUGUGCUCAGAUUGCCAUGCUGUUACCAAGCUCAUUUCAAAGAUAGCAAGGCGCAAGAUUGUAGUGAGGGAUCGGAACCGUUUCCACCAUUUUGUGAAUGGUUCGUGUUCUUGUGGGGAUUACUGGUGAACUGUGUUUUAUGGGUUUGGAUCACUUAAAGAAGAAGAUCCUGUUAAAGAAAAAUCCAAUUCUAUAUUUUUAGGCAAUUCAUCUACGAUAUUCGAUGACACUGAAUGCCUAACUAGGGCAAUCUCAUCAGAUACAAAGGCCUCAUUUCUGGGGAAAGGCAAGUGGAGCUUCAAGAUUCAAACAAUCUCUGGAGGCCUCAGAGUUGACACGCUUUCAUUUUUCAUUUCUGGGGAUUAUUCAUGUAGGAAAGCCCGAUAGUGCAGUCUUUGGAUGCAGAGAUACUGUUCAAGUGAAAAUGAAAAUUGGUUUUCCCUGUAUUUGGAAGUUCUGAAUUUGAAUUUGAAAUAUAAUACUAAUAUUUAUUAAAA